CUCUCCACAAUGUCCUUCAAUAUAUCUAGCGAACAUUUUGCUUAAAGGGACUUGGUUUGAAUAGAACCAGCAAGGUAGCUAACUAACUAGCUUUUAAGUCGACUGUUCAGCUCUUAUUAAUAUAAGAAAAUGACAGAUUUUAUAAUACGGAAAGCUGAACCCAAAGAUGUGCCUGACAUACUGCGACUGAUAAAGGAACUGGCUAAAUAUGAGGGAAUGGAAAACCAAGUGAAACUGACUGAGGAAGAUCUGCUCGAGGACGGAUUCGGUGACAACCCAUUAUACCACUGCGUCAUGGCAGAAGUCCCCAGUGAGCCGCAGAGCAACAACGCUCCUGUGGUGAUUGGGUUUGCCAUGUACUACUUCACCUAUGACCCCUGGAUCGGCAAGCUGCUUUACCUGGAAGAAUUCUUUGUCAUGGAAGAGUACAGGGAGAUCGGCAUCGGCUCAGAGAUCCUCAAGCUCCUCAGUGACAUGGCAUUCGAGACUCGCUGCAACAGCAUGCACUUCGUCGUCGCCAAGGACAACCAGAAGUCAAUAGAGUUCUACAAGCGUCGUGGGGCGGCCGACAUCACUCUGGAUGAGGGAUGGAGACUCUUCAAGAUCAACAGGAGCUCCCUCUUCAAGAUGUCCUCCGGCUCCAAAGAGUGAGCUGGCCUCAAGACACAUAGAAAGAUGGACAAGAGUGACAGACUUGGUCAAUUUAUAUUACUUAAUUAUUUGCCUGUCUUUCACUUCAGCGGUGGGGGGUGUGACUUCUGACAGUAGAUUAUUAUUAAAAGGGGCAUUAAACAUGUGUGUGUGCACCAA